AACACCAAAGCUCUCAUCCCGAGAUAAACAAGAACCCUCAAAAAACAACGGAGAGGGGGCGGGGGAAGUUGGAGAGAGCAGAGCACUGCUCUGUUUCUGUUCGUCAGCGGUAGAGGAGGCAGGCAGGAGGGAGACGAGAGCGGCGAGCUACGGAGAGAGAUGGCGCCGCACGUGCGGGCGCUGCUCCUGUUCCCGCUCGUCGUCCUCCUCGCCUCGGUCUCGCCGCCCGGGGCCGACGCAUGGGGCAAGGAGGGACACAUCAUGGUCUGCAAGAUCGCCGAGAAGUACCUGUCGGAGAAGGCGGCAGCGGCGGUGCAGGCCCUGCUGCCGGAGUCGGCGGGCGGGGAGCUGUCGGCGGUGUGCCCGUGGGCGGACCAGGUGCGGUGGCACUACCACUGGUCCAGCCCGCUCCACUACGCCAACACCCCCGAAGUCUGCAACUUCAAGUCCUCCCGGGAUUGCCACAAUUCUCGUGGCCAGCAAGGGAUGUGCGUCGUCGGAGCUAUCAACAACUACACGGACCAGCUCUAUAGCUACGGCCUCUCAAAGAGCUCGUAUAACCUGACGGAGAGCCUGAUGUUCCUGUCGCACUUCGUCGGCGACGUGCACCAGCCGCUGCACGUCGGCUACGCGGACGACGAAGGGGGGAACACCAUCAUGGUGCACUGGUACCGGAGGAAAGCAAACCUCCACCACGUGUGGGAUGUCAGCAUCAUAGAUACGGCAAUCAAGGACUUCUACAACAAAAGCAUGGAUACCAUGGUAGAGGCUCUCGAGAUGAACCUCACAGAUGGAUGGUCUGACGACAUUACUCACUGGGCAAAUUGCGAGAACAAAUGGGCUACCUGUGCAAACGACUAUGCAAUUGAGAGCAUACAUUUGUCCUGCAACUAUGCCUACAAAGAUGUAGAGCAAGGCAUUACUCUAGAAGAUGAUUACUUCUUCUCUCGAUACCCGGUUGUGGAGAAGAGGCUAGCACAGGCUGGCAUCAGAUUGGCACUGAUACUCAACCGGAUAUUUGACAGGGAUAACGCAGAUGCAAUACCAUUACAAGUACAGUAAAAAUGGUAAUAAAAAAAAUAAAGGGGGAACUAUUAUUUGUUGAUGCUACCACGGGGAUUGAUCCAUUGCUACUUCAAUAAAUUUGCAUGACUUGUAAAAAGGACGUAUAACAUCCAGAGAAGUGAUUUGUUUCUCUUUUCUUGUAAUUAUAAACCUCUUUGUAUCAAUAUUUUCAUUAUACAGUCAGGCAUCGCCCUACUGUUGUUCCUCGAAAAAUUAAUUGCAGUUCAAUGCAAUUAUUUUCCACUCA